ACGAUUUCUUUCAUAGUUCUGUCUAACUCACUGCCUAACAUAAUGAAGUUCAUAAUUGUGCUUGCUUGCAGUUUGGCCGUUGCCUCAGCAUUUGAUCUACGCGGAAAAGAUAUCUUUGAGCGCGAGCUUUAUGUGCCAACGUUGAAUGAGAACUUUGAUGGACGCAUUGUGAAUGGACUGGACGCUGGUGCGACUCAAUUUCCUUAUCAAGUUUGUUUGCUAUUGUCUACCGCCACCCGUACAUUCUUGUGCGGUGGUUCAUUGAUUGGCAAAAACUGGGUGUUAACUGCUGCUCAUUGCACUGAUGGAGUGAGUUCUGUGAAAGUUCAACUUGGUAGCACAAACCGUACAAGUCCAGCCGUUUCAUAUACAGUGGACCAUUAUGACAUUAUUACCCAUAGCGAGUGGGGUGGACAAAGUAGAAACGACAUAGCGCUUAUACGCAUACCAACUGUAACCUACACCGCCGCCAUACAGCCGGUUGCUCUACCCAAGAUGACACCAUCGUAUUCCACAUAUGAAGGAGAACGUGUCAUCGCUUCUGGUUGGGGCCGUAUCUCUGACUCUACAACAGAAACGGCCAUUAAGUUGCAAUAUGCUACCAUGACUGUUAUAUCUAAUGCUGUGUGCAAACGCACCUUUGGCAUGGUUUCGUCGGGGGAAAUUUGUACCGCCACAACUGGUGGUAUCUCUCCCUGCAAUGGUGACUCCGGUGGUCCAUUGGUGUUGGAAUCCAGCAAAGUACUAGUUGGUUUGACCUCAUUCGGCUCGAAAGCUGGUUGUGCUAAGGGUUACCCUGCCGCCUUCACACGCGUUACCAGCUACUUGGACUGGAUUAAACAAAAAACUGGUAUUUCUGCUUAAGAAUUAUAUAAAUCUGCAUGUAAUAUAUAUGUAAGUGUUUUUUACCUUAAUUUAAAAUUUGUGAUCAUCUAAGCUUAAAUAUUAUUGACAAGUCAAAAAAAUAAUAACAAAAUAAAAUGACUGCGAAAAUUUAAU